AUCCGUAUAAAAGCCAACAUUAUCCGUAUGAUUGCAAUUCUCUACAAUCUAUCUGUACAUGCAUCCAAGCAGUCCACAUGCGGCGGCCACGCAGACACCACCAGCGGAAUGUGUCCAAAGAAGAAGCGGGGCGUUUGAUUGUAGAAGAAGGAGGGCGGAAGAUGUGCUGCUAGUUGUCGUCGAACAUGGAUGGGUGCAACCCCAUACAGUGCUCUUCGUCGUUGUCACCAAGCAUCCUCGAUUGAUCAAGCGUUUCCGAGGUGGGAUUCCCAACUCAUUGCGUCGAGCGUGGUGGGUGUCGAUGGCAACGUCGACCCAUGCAGGUGACAUGAUGUCGCUGCUAAACCACCACACCCCGAGCAUUCUGCCCUUUCUUGGCACCACGGGUCUGGACGGAAUCAUCUUGCGCGACCUGGACCGCACGUUUCCAUCUGAACCUCUGUUCGCAACGGGUCAAGGUCCCGCCCUUCUCGCGAAUGUGCUCAAGGCCGUGUCCGUGCACGUGCCCGACGUCGGGUAUUGCCAAGGCAUGAACUUCAUCGCCGCCAAGCUCUUGUUGCUAUGGACAUGUCCUUCCAUCAACGAUACACCUCCAUCCUCCUCCAAGUCUUCGUCAUCCGUGGAUCAAGAUGCUUUCCACGUCCUGUCCUUUGUUGUCCGCCGCCACGCCGCGCUAUGGUCCCCAGGCAUGGCAGGGUUGCGCAAGUGCAUCUAUGCCUUGCAUAAACUCAUAUCCGUUCACUUGCCUCGCUUGCACGGUCACCUCCACCGCAUUGGGAUGCACCCUGGGUACUUUGCCACGCAGUGGCUAGCGACGCUAUUUGCCCGCGCCUUGCCGCUGCCGACGUUUGCACAUGUAUGGGACCGCUUCCUUGUGGACGGCAUGAAGAUGCUGCUUCGCGUGGCGCUGCUGCUCUUGUCUUGGAUGGAGCCAUCUCUUCUCCAUGCCUCCGACAUGCAUGAAGCCAGCAUGCUUCUCUCUCGGCCGCCCAAACUUGCACCAUCAUCAUCGAACGGCGGGUGUGUGCGCUCGGCCAUGUCGUUCAAGGUCACCAGGUCGACGCUAAUCCAGUUGGAGGAUCAGCGCCAGUCCGAGUUGGUAGCUCGGUGGAUAUCAACACAUCCUCUUACUAUGGCAUCAAGACGAAUGAAACAUGAUGACGACGACGACGAUGACGCCGUGUUCUACCCAGAAGUGGACAAUCCAUGGAUUACGAACAAGCCUAGCCUCGAUAUGGACCAGUUGUGCCGCGAUGUGGUCGGGUUGGAUGCCGCGGUCGCGUCGGAUGUCGCCGUGUUUCGACGGAAAAUCGAACAAGUGCAUCGCGCGGCGGACGCAGCCGUCGUCGCCUACAUGUGUGCCGCGGCCAUGUUUACAGAAGCCAGUUACGAUUUGGAGGAGAUGGUUGACCUAUCAUUGGAAAAUGAACAAGAUAUAGACGACGAAGAUGGGUUGCCGCGACUUCCGUGGUAUCGACGGGUGUUUGCAUGCGUGGAUUCGACGAUAAUGGGCGCAAGAGACCGUAGUGGGAGAUCGUUCCGUCAUGUCCAGCUUGACGAGUCCAACGAGUUACACCAGAGUCGUUGGAGAAGGACCAGAGGGAUGGCCGAGUAUGCGAGGCGGCGGCGGCAGUUGAUGGAAGCGCAAGUGGACAUGGAUGAACUGCAUGCGUUCAAGACCAAAGUAACCGAACAGUUCUUGACCGUGCUGGACAAGAGCGAGCGGGAAAAGACGGCCGUGCUGCGACGCCAUCUCGGGGACGACACGAGUAUGAUGUAGUCUGUACUAGUUUGUACUGUACUACCGUAUGUGGCGUUGAUCUGCACGAUGAAAUAUAUAGUAGUAGAACCUGAAUAAUAUCAUAAGAAUAAGUCGUAUACGAU